AUGGCCACUCCUACUGCUCCCACUCCAGCUGUGGGCCCCAGUACCUUGAUCACUGUCAAGGUCUUGUAUAAUGAGAACACUCGCCGCUUCAAAAUCCCGUUGAAAGAGCUUGGAGCUCGCACUUUACCCCAGAAUCUCCGCCAACUUCUCAGCGUUCCAGAAGACGCCAACGUGGUCUUCGAGCGGUACUCUGACAGUGCUGGCUCCUAUAUACACUUGGACAGCCAGAACCCGGCCGUUUACAAACAGCUCUACCGGGCUGCCAAAGCCAAACUCAAGCUGCGAAUCAAAGCCACGACUAUCGAUGAGACUGUCCUUCAGCCCUCGACGGAGGAAAUCCCGCAAGAACAACAAAAUACCUCUCGAUACAACUAUCUUGAAACUGUUCUAGGCUCUCCCCUUCCGGAAUGCCAGGCUGAAUUUCUGCCUACUACAGCUUCCGCAUCAGCAACCGACUUGGUCGACGACCUGGCCAGUCCCAUGCCAGUAGAGACUCAGACCACUCAGUGGGGUGCUGAGCCUACUCCUGAGCCGAAUUAUCGCGACUUCGUGUUCAACCACUCUCACUUCCCGGCUGUGUCCCAUGCGUCGUCUAGUGGCGUGUUCUGCAUCGACUGCAACCGUUGCGGUCUAUCCAUUCCCAAUGAACACUAUCAUUGCAGCAUUUGUGACGGUGGAGAUUACGAUCUCUGCCCCCAGUGUGUGAACAGCGGGGCUACCUGUCUCAACGAAGAGCACUGGUUGAUCAGACGGGUCGUCAAGGACGGUCAGGUCACCAUCAGUACCACUGAGACAGUUCCCCCCCGCAAGGUCGCUGUCGAUGAUAUCGAGGAGGUGCCUAUGGCGCCUGCGCCAGAACCAGUUCGUGAGCCUUCUCCUGAACCCGCCCCGGCUCCUGCUCCGGUUUCAGCUCCGGCUCCGGCUCCGGCCUCUGUGGCGCCAGGCCUCAGCAACGUCCGGAUCUGUAAUGACUGCCUCAAAGAAUCCGAGGAGAGCAAAAUGGUCUCGUGUGCCGAUUGUGCUGACUAUGACCUUUGCAUCACAUGCCUACUGAAAGACUCGCAUGGUCAUCACCCCGCCCACACUUUUGCCUUGGUCGAGGACCGACAGUUCGCCUUGAAGAGUAUUGUCCAGUCACGCUGCAACCCCGGACGUCACCAUCACCAUGCGGCGAUCUGUGAUGGAUGUGAGAAGCGUAUUAUCGGUGUCCGUCACAAGUGCUUGACUUGCCCGGAUUGGGAUUAUUGCAACGAGUGCUAUAAAAAGGUGUCUCAGCAACACCCCGGUCAUCGUUUCGCUCCCAUUUACGAUUCAAUCGCUGAACCUCUGACCAAUCACGCGGUGCACUACGGUAUUUACUGUGACGGUCCCCUGUGUCGAGCCAAGUCAUGCCCUACAUUCAUCACUGGUACUAGGUACAAGUGUUCCGUAUGCCAUGAUACCGAUUUCUGCGCCAGUUGCGAGGUCCAUCCGACAAACACGCAUAAUCGAACUCACCCCUUGCUCAUGCUCAAGACGCCGGUGCGUGAUGUUCGGAUCAGCACCUUCAAUGAGGCCGAGCAAGGAGUGACUACGCUCGGCGAUUGUCUUCCGAAGUCUGUCUCAACAGAAUCUGCUACUCUGGGUGAACCUGAGCCUCCGGUCCAGGAAGCACCCGAACCAGUGAAGCAAGCUGUCGAGGAGGCAGAACCUGCGAAGGAGGCAGAACCCGUGAAGGAGGCAGAACCCGUGAAGGAAGCAGAAUCUGUGAAGGAGGCUAGCCCUGUUUCACAUACCGCGCCGGGCUCAACUCUGGCUGUGGACUCUGCGUCUGGAUACCAGGCUUUUUUUAUCCGUGACACAAUUCCUGACGACACGGUCAUGGCCCCUAACACACUUUUCCAGCAGACGUGGACUCUCUUCAACCCCGGUCCAUCGCCUUGGCCCGCUGGGACAGAUGUGCGGUUUGUUGGCGGCGACUCAAUGUUCAAUGUGGACACCAACCACCCAUUGAGCCUGAAUUCCAUCGCCGCAGCUAUGGAGAGCAACAAAUUGAGUCAGCCUCUAGAGCCUGGUCAAAGUGCCGACUUUACAGUGACCCUUAAGACACCUAGCCGUCUCGGUACUGCCAUCUCUUAUUGGCGGCUCAAGCUACCUACCGGGAUGCCGUUCGGCCACCGUUUGUGGUGUGACAUUCAAGUUCGCGAGGUGAACGAGGCCCCGGUGGAGGAAGAUCGCAAGGCUGCUCCUGCUGAGAAGGCAGGCUCAUCCGAACUCACUGGCAGUCAAAUGAUUUUCCCCAAGCUGGAGAAGGAGUCUCCGGAGUCGAGUACACACGAGGCUGCAACCACGGCUCCCUCAGCUCGCUCGGUGUCUCACCGCUCAGAGCUGGAUGUGCUGGAUGACAUGGACAGUUUGACCUUGGAUGAUGAGACGGACGUUGGUCUCCUGACAGAUGAGGAGUACGACAUCCUCGACGCCAGCGACCAAGAGUACCUGGAGGCCAAGUCUCAGCAUUACUCUCUCAAUCUCGCCAUCCUUGUCCUGAUGGCGGCCACUCUCUAUGGCCCCGUUUGUCACUGGCUCACUGUCAUAGGAGUCUUCCGAGCCGCCAUCGACGUCGUCUUGACAGAGGCCCACAAAAUCCACACGAUCGAGGACACUAUGCAAUGCGAGGAUAUGCAUUACUACCCACCUUCGGGUCAGAUCUUCGCAGCCUGUGAAGAUUCCUUCUUGCCCCGAUUCAAGUGGUUUCCACCACUGGGACAGUUGGAGGGACCAGCUCAAUCGACGGGUUCAUUUCACGUCAUUGAUCCCGAGACCCUCAAGUCCACGCGACUUGCAUUCGACAACUUCUCCGGGCCCUUUGUUACGCAUGGCAUUGAUCUUGUUGCCGAUCCGGACCGCGCAGAUGCGGUUUACAUCUAUGCUAUCAACCAUCUGUCGAAUCCGGACUACUUCGACAACCCCUCGACUGAAGGCGUUCCGAAGGCACGCUCCCAAAUUGAGCUCUUUCAUCAUGUCUUGGGGUCGAACGCCGUCCGUCAUGUCCGCUCGAUUUUCCAUCCCUUGAUUGUCACGCCAAACGAUAUCUACGCCGAAAGCCUACACUCAAUCUACGUAACCAAUGAUCACUUUUACCGGGAAGGCAUGAUGCGCACGGUCGAAGAUAUACUACCCCUGGCAAAAUGGACCAACGUCAUUCAUGUGAAAGUCGAUCAUCUGCAGUCGAGAGAUGCAGCUACAGGCAUCGAUGCUGUCGUAGCAUCCCAGGGUUUCCAGAAUCUCAACGGACUGGGACAUGGACAAUCCAAGGAUGAAAUGCUGCUGGCCAGUGCCGCUGGAGGUAUCAUGUAUCGUGCCUGGGCAAACCGCGACAACCGCACGCUCUCGGUCGUGGAUGAGUUUGCGUUCGAGAGCACGAUUGAUAACCCGACCUACUAUCACGACCCUUAUGCCACUCCCGAGGACGACGCCAGCGGAUAUGUGGUUGGUGGUCUAUUGCGGGCCGUGGAUUUGCCUCGCACUCAUUCUGACCCGAACGCACAAGAGGGCGUCAUGGUGUGGCAUCUACGUCGUCAUGUCGGAGACGCAACGGACCCGGAAUGGGAGAAGCGACUUCUUUUCGAGGACGACGGAAGUAAUAUCCGAUCUGCCAGCACGGCCCUGUUACUUCCGAUGGAGCCCAAAACAUCCGCGGAGAAAACAGGAAUGUUGUUUGUGACCGGUUUUCUGUCGAAACAUAUCAUUGCUGUGGAGGUCCCAUUGUAG